GAAGGCAGCACAUGAGGCAGGAGUUUUGUAGUUUACUCAGCACACACUUCCAUCCCUUGCGGAGCCUUGGAUUUUCUUUGCUAACAUGCCAAAGACACCACGGCCAAUGGAUGUUGGUAGGCUGAUAGUCCUUGUGCAAGAUAGGCCAUGCAUCUGGGAUACGCGCAGUGAUGACUACCACGAUCGGUAUAAAAAAGAUCAGGCCUGGGUGGAAAUUAGCAAGGAGCUGUUUGAAUCCAUCUGGGAAAAAACCCAUGGCAAAAGCCGGCAGAAUUUGGUGGACGAUGUCAAGAAUCGUUGGCGGAGUUGCAGGGACCAAUUCCGCAAGGAAAUGCUGCUACAUGCGAGGAGCGGGUCCGGGGCCAGCAAGAAAAGGCCAUACAUGUUCAAAAACCAGCUGAUGUUUCUUCGUGAGGUCAUGGAGCUGCGUCCGACAGAGGACAACCUACCGGAAGAAGAGGCGGAGUCUGCACCGCAGAUGUCCAGUGCAUAUGAGGAAGAUGCUCCCUCUGGUCCAUCACAGGUAGACACAGCACCAGGACAAAGCACUGCACCAUCCAGACCACCACCUGUUUCUGGAGCAGAUUCCCCCCCCCAUGCCUUUGUCUCUUCCAAGCAGGGCCAGACGACGGGCAACCACUCCUGCCGAUACAAAUGUAAAUCUGCAGGUGCUGGAUUAUUUAGCCAGAGCCCGGCAUGAGGAUGAGUUUGACCAUUAUGUGCGUAGUAUGGGCUCAUAUUUGCGCAGGCUGCCUCCAGAACGAGUUUUGCGCACCAAAGCUGCUCUAAAUAUAGUUUUGGAUGCAGCCACUCCCCCCAAUGACCCACAUAUCGUUUUCGAGGGCCUUGAAAAUUGGCGGCUCCAUGGGAACUUGUAUGGCCCCCAACCGAUGCCAGUUUCCCAGCACUCCCAGCCUUCGCUGCCGGCUCCUCCUCAAAUGCAACCGCCAAGGGGACAUUAUGGGCCACCUCCUCGCCCAUAUGGGCAACAUUAUCAGGUAGAUUCUGGAUAUGGGCAGUCUGCACCCAUCACUUCGCAGCCUGGAUCAUCGCAGUACUCUGGCCCCCCCUUCCCAACCACCCUACCCUAUGCCACAGUAUCAGGCCCCACCAUCACCAUCUACACAUUAUACCAAUUUAUAAAAGUUAUGUUAUUUUUAAUUUCUGUAUGAAAAGAAUUUUAUUUUGAGAAAAGUCAAGAUGACUCAGAAGUUUAUGUUCAAAUAAACAGAG